AUGGAGAAGCCCCGGCAGGUGGUGCGGAAGUUGCCGGCUUGGCUGAAGCACGAGGGUGUCUGCACCGUCAUCUGCCGCAACAUCGGGAGAUUAGAUAGGAUAAUAAAUUUGCUUGUUCAAGAUCAAUCAGUGAGGGCAACUACUACGCCAUACGGAGAGAGCACCAGUGCUUCUGGUCUUUUGUAUGAGGCUAGGAACAGUAGCUUGAGAAGCCAGGCUUCAGAUGUAGGGGCAGCCGGGCAGGCUUGGUUCUUAAUUCUGAAAGUCUCAAAUAUGAAUAUAGCAAGUAUUGUUUGUGGAAGCGGCUCCGGCUUCUUGACCGUCUUCCUGCCUCCGCUAGGUGACCAGCUGCAGGAUCAGUCAAAGUGGGUAGUGUCUAGGACACUUCACAGUGGCUCUAUUGUGUUGCCGUGUAGCUUCAUUGGUAAUCUCAAUGACUGCAGAAUGCGCCGCUAA